AUGUCUUCCGAGCCGAAAAUGAAGAAUAGUAUUGCUAUCAACCAGGAUGGCAGCGAUUAUUCUUACUUUUCGGUUGUCAAAGUGGGCUCUAAGGGCCAGAAAAUGUGGAUGCUCCUAGAUUCCGGUGCUUCUGAAUCUUGGAUGAUGGGUUCCAAUUGUACUUCUCCUGCAUGUCUAAAACAUAAUACCUUUGGGACAGAGUCGUCGGAUACUUUGAAUAUCACGAAUAAAGAUUGGCGUGUUACCUAUGGGACAGGGCAUGUGGAAGGUAUUAUUGCGGAAGACACCCUUUCACUGGCUGGCUUCAAUGUCCGCCUUGCUUUCGGAUAUGCGCUGAAAGCCUCAGAUGACUUUUUAAAUUAUCCAAUGGAUGGCAUUCUCGGGCUGGGACCGUCGAAAGCCACCAAAGUACCACCGUUUUUACAGGUCAUAGCGGAGAAUAAGUUAUUGAAAAAGAACGUGCUUGGAAUAAAUCUCCAGCGAGCUGCAGAUGGUACCAAUGAUGGGCAAAUGGUGCUUGGGGAUGUUGAUAAGAGCAAAUUCACGGGGGAUAUUAUCUACACCAAGAUAAUCAAGGAGACCAAUCGUUGGGAAAUCCCAAUUGAUGGCGCACUUGUUGACGGCAAAACUAUCAAGUUCACCAACAAAAGCGCCGUGAUCGAUACAGGAACCUCAUUUAUUCUUAUUCCGAUGAAGGAUGCCGAAGCAAUACAUGCACUGAUUCCAGGGUCAAAAAAAGAUGAGGAUUAUUUCAAGAUUCCCUGUAAUACAAACACCUCUGUGGAAAUCAUGAUUUCUGGGGUAAAAUGGACCAUCUCUCCCAAAGAUUAUGUUGGCAGUGGCAGGGACAAUGUUUGCAAUUCAUAUAUCCUAGGUCAACAGCCUCUAGGACCCAACCAGUGGCUUCUUGGUGAUACGUUUUUGAAAAAUGUUUACUCCGUGUUCGACUAUGAUGAGAGCAAGAUAGGAUUUGCCAAUCGCAAGUCCUCUGGGCCUUCCUCCGCCGGCAAUAUGGCCACUCCUAGUUCCACCACGUCCAGGUCCUCUAGCCCAGAAUCGACGGCCUCUCCGGUUCCUCCACAGGAUGUUAACAAUAAACCAAUAGCAAAACCAACUCAGUCUACUCCAGCCAACUCGCCAGAACAUAAAGGCGCUGCUGCCUUUAUUUAUACGCCUUCCUGGCCCUCACUUCUCCUGCUCUUCUCAGCAGGGCACUCUUGGCACCUGUUGUACCAUGCAUUUCUUUGA